AUGUAACAAAGAAUUCAAAAAAUUAUGGAUGCUUAAUCGUCAUCUUCAGAAUAGAAAAUUUCCAUGUAGACCUAAUGUUAUAGCUCCACUAAUUAGUCAUAUUCAAGUACCAGAUGAUGCAGAGCAUCGAAUCUCCGAUUCCCCUAUACCUGAAACAAACCCUAUUCAAAUACCCGAUUCAGUUCAAGUUCAACCUCCCAAAAUAUCUAGUACUUCUGAUGCGCUAUUCUCAGAUCAAAAAGUUGAAUGGGAAUAUCAAAAUGUGAAAAGAAAAUUAGGUAAAUUCGUGAAUUUGCAACAGGAAUGCUGUAUUCCAAAGGAGUUUACUAGACAACGAUUUUAUUCUGAAAUAGAAAGAGAAGGUCUUGGGAAAUGGAAAGGGCAAUUAUCUUCCAAAUGGGAUGCAGUUAUUUAUGAAGCUAUUCAAGGAUUACAACAAUAUUUAAGGGGAGAGAAAUUGAAAUUUAGUAGGAAAGAUGUCGUUGAUUAUAUUCGAAAAAGUUUACCAAUUCCACAAAUUGACUCAGAAGCCGGCCCAGGUCCAUCUACUCAAACCCAUAGAGAGGAAAUAUUACAAAAUAAUGAAUCGAAUAGUGCCCAAGAAGAGAUUGAUUUACUUAUUGCAUUGGGAUUAAUAGAAGAACCAGAGAUCGAAGAAUCCUGGCCUGAAUUAGGAGGUACUCUUUUAGCGGAUAAGGCAAAGAGUAAAAAAUUUAUAUCAUGUUAUAGGGAUUCAGGAUUUGCAAGUACUAUUGUUGAACCACCACCAGGUGAUAUACUCUUUGAAGAGUCUGAAGUUGGAGAUCCAGAUAGACAACACUCAAGUUUAUCUUCAUUAAGUAAAUGGCAGGCAAUUGUUCCGUCAUAUGAAAAUCCUGCAUAUGAUUUCAAUACACCAAUAGAUGAUCCUAAAAAAUAUGCAGAAGCUCCAUAUAUGCCCCAGCUUAUAGCUUCUGCUCGAGAACAAAUUUCAAGUGUACUUAAAGCUGAACUCUGA